GUGACCACAGUGACCGCUGCUCGCUCUGUGCUCAGCUCCACUGUUGCUAACGGCAACCAACGGGAGACCCAAACAUUGGCCGCGGUGAGCGCCGUGAGUGGGUGGCACCUGGAGGGGCUUCAUGGAGAACCUUCUGGACAUCCGAGAGUCGGAGGAGUCGGAGGAGGAGGAGAAGCAGGAGGCUGAAGCAGCCGGGGCCCCGGUGGCCGAGCAGAGCCCGGACGUGCCGAGCGAGGCCGCUCCCUGCGACCGCGACGUCUGUGACGGGGCCAGGCGGCGGGAGGGAGAACUUCGCUCACAGGAGGACGUGGCGACUUCGUGCCGCUCCUGCGGCCGCCCCAGCGAGUGGCUGCUUCACGUGGCCGCCGGCGGCCCUCCUGAUCGCACGUGGUUCUGCUGCCAGGCGCUUUGGGAGACGGCGCGAGAGGCGUGGGGUCACGAGGUGCGGGCUCCAUGGCACGACGAGGAUGCGGAAGGUUCCAAUCGCGCAGUCCUCGUCCAGGAGCGGAGGGAUCGCAUCGUGGCGCGGAUUCUGGAGCGACAGGACGAGCUGCACCGCACCCUCUCGUUCGCGCUGCCCGCCCACCCCGCGGAGCCGCACGCCGCCGCCGCACGGCAGCCCGGGGCCCGGCCACACGCACGGGGACCGCUCAUCCCCGGCGACGUCUGUGCGCAGCGCGGAGACGUCGUGGAGCGCUUCUAUGAAGGCGGACGCAAGUUUUCGACCUUUUUUGCAGACGGGACAGGGCAAGUGCUGUAUCCUUCUGAAGCCCGCAGAGCGCGGAUAGCCAUCAAGGUGCGGGAUCGAGCCCACGACCUCUCGCAUACCAGGCGAGGAGGUGACCACCUCGCCACGCGGCGUUACUCGCGUGGAGCCUUGACCGCUUUGGCGCUGCGGGGCCAGGGACCCGGCGGGCCGCGUGGUGCUGCAGGCCGUGCGGGGCCCGGGGGGACCCCUCGUGUGGGUCGCGUGGGCCCAGGGCGGCCGCGUCCUCGCCGUGCUUGGGGCCGCGGGCGGAGGCGCCGUGUGUGUGUCAGCCUCGGGGGGCGUCCGGCUGGUGGUCACGCCGAGCGGGGGCCGGUGCUACGGCGCGAGGGGCUGGGAGACGCGGCGCUGGCUCUGGGAGGAUGCGGCCGGGCACCACGCGCACCACGGGCACCACGCGCACGCGCCGCCCCUGCAACCCGUGGACGUGCCGCUCGGUGCCCGCGCCCCCCGGGUCCGGCUCCUCACGCGGGAGGACGCGGUGCUGACCUACGUGGCGCGCAACCGCAGCGUCCGUCUCCGCGUAGCCUACCAGCCGCCGGGCGGCGGCGAAGCGACGGAGAGAGGCCCGGACUCCGCGGCCUCCGCGGUCACGGAGGCGAGCGACGAGCGGGCGCUGGGGGCCCUCGUGGCCAGGAUCCGGGCGGCGCUCGGCGGGCUGCGCCGGGCCGGACGAGCAAGCGACACCAACGCGGAGCGACCAAGCCGCGUGGCUUAGAUCGGCGCCACGCGCACGGCAAUGGACAUCGCCUGGCCUUGCUUCCUCGCCGGCAACGGACGCCUCGAGUGGUGAACCUUCGCUCUGUUGGAGGUCACUCGUGUUCCUUUGCUGCCCCCCACGGUGUAGGGAAGCCGAUCCCCCCGGCCACCCGUGCCGUAGACCAUCUCCACUGUUCCGUUCCAGGCUCAGGAACUUCGGAUCACCCCUCCAGCCUUAUUCAUAUUCUAUGGGUCUUUCGGUAAAGCCACGUAGAUAGUAAAAUAAUAAAAAUAUCACGACGUUUUGAUCGCAACACAAGCAAUCGUCUUCAGGUGAGAGCCUAUAUGAAAUAAAUGGCCCCUCGGUGUCUAUACAGGGUGGUGAGGCACAGUCGCAUAUAUGUAUAUAUAUGCUUUAUAAAUCCAAAUUGUAAUGCAAAUUGGUUGAUUUUCAUCAGAGUUCGUAAGAAGUGAUGACGACGGUUGAAAUUCAUGCAAUAUUUUGAAGUCAAAUGUAUAAAGUGCGGUGCGUUUGCGCGUGGCACGGCUCAUGCAGCGUUGCGUUUCCACGUCCCUGGAGAGAAGACCCAAGCCGUGCCGGCCCACGGACGCCCCCCCCCCAUCGCUAAGACAGAACAUUUACUCUACGCAUUGUUCUCCCACGGAACGCCUCACAGAGUCUCUAUUUUCAGGAGGGAUCCUGCCAAAUUCUCCCAGUGUUUGGGGCGAUGUUGCUGCUGUGUAAUUCCAUUUGAGUAAUUUUUCAGGCAAUUUUUCUGAAUUGAGAUGUUUUGGCCGAUGCAAUGUCAAGUUCGUCUUGGCUAUGGGAGAAAAGCCGAGAACCCGGAGGAAACCGAUGCAGCACAGGGGGGAGAACACACAACCCCCGCACAGGCACCCGAGUUGGGGGUUGAACCCAGGAGCCUCUGGAGGUGAAACGCGGGUGUUGCCCCUGCGCCGACACGCUGCUGCCCAUCCUGCACAUCAGCCGGCAAUCGCGAUCGGCUCUAAGUGCACGCCAAAUGUCCGAAAUGCACCUGCAACCAAGUCCCAGACUCUUGACACUCAAACGGGGCAUCUUGAUAAAAAGCCAAGAGCCCGCUUCAACAGACGUACGUCACGAAUGCAUCUGCAAUGGGGAACUGACACGAACUACGGCUCUUUAUUCCAGCAAUGACGAUCGACGAAUCGGUUGCAGUGGUGUAGUGUCGAGCUUAAAUCUGAUUGGUUGUUCCUGUGAGGCUCACGCGUGUCAGGUGGUUAUCGACUUCCUGGAUCUGUCCUUAAUGAUGCUUGGUGUAGUUUCAAGCAAAACGU